AGUACUAUUUGUAAUUGUAUAACAAACAAAUAUGUAUUGUUUCGCAAUUCGUCACUUCACUCGAAAAACACCUCUUCUCAAUAUUUUCUCUAUACUAUUAUUCCAAAUGUGCAUUGGCAGUAAUGUAAAUUUUAGAGAAUAUUAUGGCACUCGUGUUCCACCUCCUGUAACUGCCAUUCCAGAAGCUGAUAAAUUAAUUCAAAUGUCAAACAUCAGAUCAGAAACUGAGUGCUUUUCUAUUUGUAUGACAUUUUCUAAAUGUGGUAUGAUCAUUUACAGCGUUUCCGAUGAAGUAUGCAUCGUGCGUAAAAUCAAGCAAUUACCUGGUACCUCAUCAUUCAUCGACAUUCCGGCAAAUAGUAUUUACACCGUGCUUCAAGCUUCUGAAUGUCCGACGUCAGCCGGCUACAUUUAUCGACCAGAAUUUAGAUUAUGCUUUCAAAUAGGUUCUAAGGAAGUUACAUGGGCUGAAGCCGCUGACAAUUGCAAUAACGAUCGGGGACGACUUAUCCACAUUAAAAAUUUGGAAGUGAACGACUAUCUCAGAACACUAAUAGGAUCGAAUGAAGAAAGACAUGACUCACCAAUAGCACCAAUAACUACGACCUCUUUUCUUGUCUCUUAGUCUGGCGAGAUGAAAGAGUGAGUUAAUUUCAGGCUCGC